CGACUUGCUGUGAAGAACCGUGUAUUGCCGGAGAGAAGAUAAUAAUAACAAAAAAAUGGACAAGGGAAAUAAAGUACGAGGCAAAAAUUUUACCAAAGAUGAAAAAUUACAACUGGUAAAAGAAUUAUCAACAUAUCAUCAUAUAAUUGAAAAUAAAGUAACUAAUAUGACGAGUAAUAGAGAAAAAGAAGAAGCAUGGGCCAACGUAACUAUAAAUUUUAAUAAAAAUAAACCAGAAAUACAGCAACGAACAGAACGAUGUUUACGUCUGUGUUGGGAUAAUUUAAAAAGAGACACCAAAAAAUAUUGUGCACAGCUACAGAGAGAAUUGUAUAAAACAGGUGGAGGUCUUCCAAGUAUAAAACCAAAUCCUUUAUUAGAAAAAGUUCGAGAAAUGAUGACAAAAGCCGCAGUAUCUGGAUUAUGCAAUCCGUUUGAUUCUGAUGCUAUUACAAUUAAUGAAAACGCUAAUGUCGAGGAAUUAUUACAAGAUGACAGUAGUUGUGAUCAUUCAGUUGAAGUGUUUACAUUUUCAGUAUUUGCAGAAAAAUGAUAAUAUUAAAAACUGGCAGGGUUGCAGUAUUAAAAAUUUAUGAUCGAAAAUAAGUACUCCUUUAAAG